AUGGAGAUCAAAAUGAGGGAGACAAAGCCCGAUAUCCCAUGUUGUGGUCCAAAGUUCAUAUUAAACAUGUUUGCCUGUGUCGGAUUGGUGGUUUUCGCAGGCUUCACUGCUGGCCUCACCCUCGGCCUCAUGUCCCUUGGCCUCGUCGACCUUGAAGUUCUCAGCAAGUCCGGGCGCCCUAGAGACCGCACUCAUGCUACUAAGAUCCUCCCGGUGGUGAAAAGGCAGCACCUUUUGCUCUGCACACUCCUGAUUGCCAACGGGCUGGCAAUGGAGUCUCUUCCCAUAUUCUUGGACAGCCUUCUCCCUUCCUGGGCUGCAAUUCUUGUCUCUAUCACACUGGUUCUCAUGUUUGCAGAGAUUUUGCCUCAUGCCAUAAUUCCUCACUAUGGAUUGAAGGUUGGAGCAGCAGCAGCGCCACUUGUUCAUCUGCUUCUCUGGAUUUUCUUCCCCGUAGCCUAUCCAAUUAGUAAGGUUUUGGAUUGGAUGUUGGGCAAAGGCCAUGCUGUUCUUCUGCGUCGAGCAGAGCUGAAAACGUUUGUGGAUUUUCACAGCAACGAGGCUGGGAAAGGAGGCGAUUUGACACGAAACGAAACAACAAUUAUUGCUGGAGCACUUGAACUGACUGAGAGAACUGCCAAAGAUGUCAUGACCCCAAUAUCAAACACAUUUUGUCUUGAUUUGGAUGGAACUCUUAAUUCUGAGACGAUGAGUUCUAUAGUCACAAUGGGGCACAGUAGAGUUCCUGUUUACCACAGAUAUCCUACCAACAUUGUUGGACUGAUUCUGGUGAAAAAUCUCUUGGCGAUCCUCCCAGAAGACUGCAUUGCAGUAAGAAAGAUGAUGGUAGGAAAGAUUCCCAGGGUUUCAGAAGACAUGCCUUUGUAUGAUAUUCUGAAAGAGUUUCAGAAAGGUCACAGUCAUAUGGCUGUUGUCUAUAGAGAUCUGAGUGAGUCUAAUAAGCCGUGGACUAAUGCCAAAGGUUUGGAACGAUGUACGAAAGCUGAAAAUGCUGAGAGUUCUGCGAUUCGCGAGUUCACUGCUGAUCAACAAGUGGUUGGUGUGAUCACAAUGGAAGAUGUAAUUGAGGAGCUUCUUCAGGAGGAGAUACUAGAUGAGACUGAUGAAUAUGUUAACAUUCACAACAGGAUAAAGAUCAACAUGAACACUUCACAGGAGGAUAUUCCCAGCAUUAUUAUUAUUUCUGUAUACGCUAUUUGGGUUUCUGUUCCGCCCAGAGAUUUUACAGAGCUCAUGGCUAUUGCAAGAUUUGGGCGUCAAGUGAAGCGUUCAUAUCAGUCUUUUGGGUUCUGUGUGAAGUUAACUGCGGUUGUGAUCUUGGGUCUUUGUUUUGUGGUGACUUGGUCGGUGUUUUCGCCUUCUUCUUACUCGGUGGCCUCUCAAAGAGAGACCUUUGAUGAUAUUGCUGAGCCAAUUUCUGGGAAUGGGAAGAAAUUUAAUGGGGCUGAGUUUGGGGUUCAUCCCAAGAAGGAAGAGCCAGUAAAGAGGGAGAAGAAGAAAGAGGGAGAGGAAAGAUUAAAGGCUGAAUCUGGGGAGAAUGAGGAGAAGAAGGAGUUGAAAUUGGAUGAUGGAGGGGGAAAAGGGAAAGGGGAAGAGAAGGGGGAGGGUUUAGAGGCUCCCAAAGAGGUUGGGGAAGAGAAGAAAAAGGAUGAUGAUCAUGGACCGGAAGGCGAGGAUUCGAAAAAAGAAGAAGAUGAAGAGAAUGGAGGAGAUUUAGAUCAAGGUGAGGGAUUUGAGGAGAAAGGGAAUGAGGAGGUGGAUAUGGUUAGUGAUGAUGGGUUGGAUCAAGAACCUCAGGAGAAGGUGGAUGAUAAUGGCGGUUCGAAGAAAAGCAAGAAAUUGGGGCCCUUGUUUGAUCCAAAACCACAUUACACUUGGCAAUUGUGUAACACGAGAAGCAAGCAUAACUACAUCCCUUGCAUCGACAUCGAGAGUGCAUCCCGGAAGGUGCAAAGUUAUAGGCACCAUGAAAGGAGUUGCCCUAAGGCACAUCAAUUGUGUCUUGUUCCACUUCCCCCUGAUGGAUACGAGACUCCAGUAAGCUGGCCCGAAAGCAUGUCUAAGAUACUAUACAAGAAUCUAGCACACCCGAAAUUGGCUGAGUUUGUUAAGACUCAAAACUGGGUAGUGGAGUCUGGCGAAUAUCUCACUUUUCCACAGAGCCAGUCUGCUUUGAAGGGUGGAAUUCGGCACUACCUGGAUUCCAUCGAGGAAAUGGUACCGGACAUCAUGUGGGGAAAGAAUAUCCGUGUAGUGCUGGAUAUCGGGUGCAAAGAUUCAAGUUUUGUUGCAUCUCUAGUUGAAAAGGAUGUACUGGCACUUACUUUGGGAUUGAAAGAUGACCUUGUUGACCUAGCACAAGUCGCCCUCGAGCGUGGUUUUCCUGCAGUAGUUAGCCCGUUUGCUACCCGGAGACUUCCGUUCCCUAGCGGUGUUUUUGACGCAAUUCAUUGCGGUGAAUGCCACAUAUCUUGGCAUUCUAAUGGGGGCAAACUUCUUCUUGAAAUGAACAGGGUCCUGAGACCCGGAGGUUAUUUUAUUUUAUCAGCAACACACAAUAGUGUCGAGGCUGAAGAAGGUAUGUCCAUGCUCACCGCAUCUAUUUGUUGGAAUAUCCUGGCUGAUAAAACCGAUGAAGAAAGUGAUAUAGGCAUUAAAGUCUAUCAAAAGCCUGAAGCAAAUGAUAUAUAUGAGCUGAGAAGGAAAAAGGUUCCCCCUUUAUGCAACGUAAAAGAGAACCCGGAUUUUGCCUGGAAUGCUCCAAUCAAAGUUUGCUUGCAUCAGAUUCCUUCAGCAAUUGAAGAACGAGGGACUGAGUGGCCUGAGGAGUGGCCAAAGAGGCUCGAAACCUUUCCCGACUGGAUGAACAAUAGAGAAAAGUUGAUUGCAGACGAUGCACACUGGAAAGCUAUAGUGGACAAAUCUUACCUUGUUGGUUUGGGUAUCGACUGGUCCAAAAUUCGGAAUGCAAUGGACAUGAAAGCAAUCAAUGGAGGAUUUGCAGCUGCUCUCGCACAGCAGAAGGUUUGGGUAAUGAACGUUGUCCCUGUACAUGCUCCGAACACCCUUCCAAUAAUCUUUGAACGUGGUCUUGUUGGCAUAUACCAUGACUGGUGCGAGUCAUUUGGAACUUAUCCUAGAUCUUAUGACCUUCUGCACGCUGAUCAUCUGUUUUCGAGGCUCAAGAACAGGUGUAAGCAGCCUGUAGUUAUUGUAGUCGAGAUGGAUCGUAUAUUAAGGCCAGGCGGUUGGGUCAUUAUACGUGACAAAGUAGAGAUACUCGACCCACUCGAGAGAAUACUGAGGAGCUUGAACUGGGAGAUUCGACUUACUUUUGCUCAAAACAAAGAGGGUAUACUCUGUGCACAGAAAACCUCAUGGCGACCCUGAAAUUUUUAUCGAACCAUCUGAUUUUAUGAUUUUAUCACACUUGUCCAAAAGCAAAAAAAAAGGAAAAACGAAGCAAUAUAUAUAUAUAUACUGUAUCUGGAUGGAUACAAAGGAAAACGCUAAUGCUCGUGAUUAAGAAUGCACUCGGAUCACCUUUUGCAGCAUUCUUUGUACUUGUACCGACUUCUAACAUACGCGAAAAGAGUCGUCUUUCCUGCAGUUUAACACUGGAAUUUUCCCUGCUGUGCUUUUUUGUUCAUGCAUGGUGUUCAGUGGUUUUGUUGUUGAGGUUGUUGUAUAGAUUUAGAGUUAAUGAUAUUUUUUGCCAGGCUACUGAAUUGUUCUUGCCUACAUUGUAUAAUUCAAGAUAAACAAGGAGAGAUUGUUUCUGUUUGUUUGUUUGAGGCAUCAGAAUUCUAAACCAUAUUGCUUUAUCAAAGGGUGUGAGGAGCAUUAUUUUUUUA